AUGGAGGGAGGAGGAGAGGAGGAGACCCGAGGAGAGGAGCCUGAAACCUUCACCAAACUGUGCAGAGCCUCACCAAGAGGAGGAGGUGGGGGGGGCAGCUGCAGACAAAAUGGCCUCAUCGACACCCACAGGUUGGGGGUGGAGCCCCGGGAGGCGCUGCUGUCAGUGUACUCGGCUCCUCAGUACCAGGGUCACGUGGUGGUGAACGCACCCCCUCAGCAGGAGCACAGCGGGGGUCCUUCUCAGCUCCUAAACCCCAGCGCUCUCCUCCCCCACCAGACAGUGUCGGACCCCCGCCUCAGGCCGGCCCCCGGACUCCUCCUGUGCCCAGAGAGCAUCCUGCGGGCGUGGGGGGAAGCCGGGGGAGGCGACUGCUGCGAGACCACCUUCAUCGAGGGGCUUGGUCCUGACACCUCCUCCUCUGCUGCCGCGUCCGCCAAGGAGGCGCGGCUGUUUGCUGAUGGGAAGUUUCUGGACUUUUCUGGAGAGGACAUAAAGAUUCACACGCUGUCGUACGACAUCGACGAUGAGGACGAGUUCCAGGAGCUCGAGAGCGAUUACUCCAGCGAAUCAGAGAGUGAGGACACCUUCCUGUUGAUGCCUCCCAGAGAUCACCUGGGCCUCAGUGUCUUCUCCAUGCUCUGCUGCUUCUGGCCGCUCGGCAUCGCAGCUUUCUACCUGUCGCACGAGACCAAUAAGGCGGUGUCUAAAGGAGACUUCCACCUGGCCAGCUCCAGCUCCAGGCGAGCUCUCUUCCUGGCCGUGCUGUCAAUCACCAUCGGGACGGGUAUCUAUGUGGGCGUGGCCGUGGCGCUCAUCGCCUACCUCUCCAAGAACAACCACUGGUAGGGAGGGAAACUACCCAUCAGCCCCGCGUCUCCCUCAUGUCCACCUGGAGUCCGGCCCUCAGGUGAGCAUUUCUUCGGCAGGUCGAGCCACGUCUGUGGAUGACUCGACUGUUUGACAGGUGACUCUGGAGUUUUGAAGGACUCCAACCUGAAACCUUUAAACCAAUCAGAUUCCAGGAUCUCUGUGAGGAACUGUGGAAGUUUUGAAAGAGGUGAGACAGCGGGAACAAAAGAAGCUCCAGCAAUUUGUUUUUCUGACUCUGAGGAAUUCAGUUAGUUUUAAAGAACAUUUCCAGUGUGGUUUUUUUCCCGUUGUUAUUUCCCACAAUUCUUUUGUUAAAUAAGUGACGUAAAUUAGACAAGAUCAAAUUAAAAAUGAAUGAUUUUAAAUUGUAUCAUUUAUAAAUCUCUAACUUCAGUUAUUUUAGUUUGUAACAGACAAAUGUCAGCCUAUAAUCGCUCGUACUACCAGCCGUGACAGCGGGGCUGGUGUUGUUUUCACCUUGGGGCUCUGUGCAUGUCUCGUCAUGGCAGAAUCCGGUCCUGGAGACGCCUCCUGUGGUGGGGACUGCCGCUGAGUCAGACACCAUCUGUCUGACUGUGGACAGAUGUUGUCACCACCAUAGCAUCACAACUGGGAAAGAUACAGUCAGACACUUUACAGGUGUGAGAUCAAAAUGAAGGUCGAGUUCGAAGCUGUGGUCCGACCCACGAGUCCUCAUGGGCCUGAACGUCAACAUGUUGACAAGCGUCUGCUGUGAUUCCCAUCACGGGAUGGUCUCUAGUUGUUGCAUUACUGACUUUAAUUAGUACGUAAUUCGAUGAUUAGUUUCCUGAUUUAGAGCUGCAGCAGUCGGUUGAUGAAGUGAUCAGUUGAUCGA